GGUUUAUGGAGAAGUCAAGAUGGCUGUGAACCUCAGGCAGAGCAAAGAGCCUGCUGUACGAAGGCCGUUAAUGAAGUUUUGAAUAAAAUAUCCCGUUUAGACUCAAACCAACGUGCUAUUGAAGGUGUAACCAUCCCGUGGAGGACUUGAUACAAACACAGACAGCAACAGGAUAAGAAACAACUGAGGAUAAAGUGUCGUAUGAAUUCCGACGAGAAGGAGGACUGUGAGUGUGCGCCACUACAGGCCGAGACUAGCCCCGCAGAAGGAACACAUAGAGAAUACGAGGAGCCUGAAAUAGAAAACCCAGAAGCAAGCCGAAUGAAGCGAGCAGCUGCCAAACAUCUAAUAGAGCGCUACUACCACCAGUUAACCGAGGGCUGUGGGAAUGAGUCGUGCUCCAACUCAUGGUGUGCCUCAUCAGUCGGUUUCAACCGCAUGGAUAACAACGCAGCGGCCGUCAAAGCGCUGGAGCUCUACAAGGUCAACGCUAAGCUAUGUGACACCCACCCCUCAAAGAAAGUCACUGCCUCAGCCCACCUGGAGAGUAGCGCUCACAGCAACUCAGCCUGCAGCAACAGCCAGUUGAACCAUAAAGUUUCCCACUCGGUCCGGGACAAUUUCAAAGAUGUGAAUUACCUGACAGAAGAGAAAGUGUACGAGAUUUUGGACAUCUGUGGAGAGCAGGAAGAUUACUCGCCUCUGAUCCGGGUAAUAGGCCGGGUGUUCUCCAGUGCUGAGGGCCUGGUGCAGAGCUUCCGGAGAUCCAAACCUCACACCAAGGAGGAGCUCAAGUCCCUUCAAGGUAAGGAUGAGGACAAGGAUGAGGAUGAGAAGGAGGCCGCAGCCUGCUCUGCUACAGCUAUGGAGGAAGACUCCCCUGCCUCCUCUUCAUCAGCCAGGCUCGGCGAGGGCUCCUCAGGGGAAAGCGAAGUCCAAAGGCUGUCCCCUGACGAGCUGUCGGUGGACAUUGACGCUGUGCGGCGGGUCUACGAGCGGCUGCUUUCCAAUGAGAAGAUAGAAGCCGCCUUCCUGAAUGCGCUGGUUUACCUCUCACCCAACGUAGAGUGCGACCUGACGUACCACAACGUGUACUCACGAGACCAAAACUACCUGAACCUGUUUGUUAUAGUGAUGGAGAACAGCAACCUCCACAGCCCCGAGUACCUGGAGAUCGCCCUGCCACAGUUCUGCAAGGCGAUGAGUAAACUCCCCCUGCCAGCCCAGGCCAAGCUGGCAGGCUUGUGGUCGCACUACAGCGCAGAGCAGAUCCGACGCAUGGUGGAGACCUUCCAGCAGCUCAUCACCUACAAGGUGAUCAGUAACGAGUUCAACAGCCGCAACCUGGUCAACGACGACGACGCAGUGGUGGCAUCCACCAAGUGCUUGAAGAUUGUCUACUAUGCAAACGUGCUUGGCGGCGACCUGGACAUGGAGCACAACGAGGACGAGGACGAGGAGCCCAUCCCAGAGUCCAGCGAGCUCACUCUGCAGGAGCUGCUGGGGGAGGAGCGGCGGAACAAGAAGGGCCCCCGGGUGGACCCCCUGGAGACAGAGCUGGGGAUCCGCACCAACGACUGUCGGAAGCCGCUCAUUUCCUUCGAGGAGUUUGUCAACGAGCCUCUGAACGAGGUGCUGGAGAUGGACAAGGACUACACUUUCUUUAAGGUUGAAACUGAAAAUAAGUUCUCCUUUAUGACAUGCCCUUUCAUUCUGAACGCCGUCACAAAGAACCUGGGUCUGUAUUACGACAACCGCAUCCGCAUGUACAGCGAGCGGCGCAUCACUGUGCUCUACAGCCUGGUCCAGGGUCAGCAGCUCAACCCCUAUCUGAGGCUCAAAGUGCGCCGAGACCACAUCAUCGACGACGCGCUGGUCAGGCUGGAAAUGAUAGCAAUGGAGAAUCCUGCAGACUUGAAGAAGCAGCUGUACGUGGAGUUUGAAGGAGAGCAAGGUGUCGAUGAAGGAGGGGUCUCCAAAGAGUUCUUCCAGCUGGUGGUGGAGGAGAUCUUCAACCCAGAUAUCGGCAUGUUCAGAUACGACGAGCACACCAAAAUGUUUUGGUUCAACCCGUCAUCAUAUGAAAAUGAGGGCCAGUACACUCUGAUUGGAAUCGUUCUGGGCCUGGCCAUCUACAACAACUGUAUUCUGGAUGUCCACUUUCCUAUGGUGGUCUACAGGAAGCUGAUGGGAAAGAAAGGAACCUUCAGAGACCUGGCUGUCGCAAACCCGGUUCUGCACCAGAGUCUGAAGGAGCUGAUGGAGUACGAGGGCAGCGUGGAGGAGGACAUGAUGAUCACUUUCCAGAUUUCCCACACAGACCUGUUUGGGAACCCGCUCAUGCAUGAUUUAAGGGAAAAUGGGGACAAGAUUCCAGUCACGAAUGAAAACAGAAAGGAAUUUGUGGCUCAGUAUGCCGAGUACAUGCUGAACAAAAGCGUGGAGAAGCAGUUCAAAGCGUUCAGGAGAGGCUUCCACAUGGUCACCAACGAGUCCCCGCUCAAAUACCUGUUCAGACCGGAGGAGAUCGAGCUCCUCAUCUGUGGAAGCAGGAACCUGGACUUCCUAGCACUUGAAGAAACAACGGAGUACGAUGGCGGUUACAACAAAGAUUCUCGAAUCAUCAAGGAGUUCUGGGAGACGUUGCACUCGUUUGGGGAGGAGCAGAAGCGCUUCUUCCUGCAGUUCACCACAGGCACUGACAGAGCACCUGUGGGGGGGCUGGGCAAACUGAAGAUGAUCAUCGCCAAGAACGGCCCCGACACGGACAGGUUACCGACGUCUCACACUUGCUUUAACGUGCUGCUGCUGCCGGAGUACAGCUGCAGGGAGAAGCUGAAGGAGAGGCUGCUGAAAGCCAUCACCUAUGCCACAAAGGGUUUGGCAAUGCUUCUGAGCGGCCCGCCCAUCCCCCCCGCCCCCCCCGGCUCCAUCACACAGUGAAACGGACUCCUACUCAGCAAGCCCAUGAAACCCUGCACCGCCUUUCCUUAUCAGACUCAACUGAAAAAGUUGAAUCACAAGUAUGAUUUCAAGUCCUUAAAGAACGAGGAGCAAUGGUUCCACUAGAGCUGCUGUGCCUGCAUCAUCUGUCAUCAGUCAUUGUAAGCACAGAGACCUCCUGAUCAAAGUACCCCUCCCCCCCACAUCCACAUUACGUCAAUGUGAAGCAGUGUCCCCGUCUUUUUCUAUGUACAGAGAGGAUCAUUUUCCUUAUUAUUUAUUUUAAGGUUAAAAUGGGUUAUUUUUCAAUGCUAUCUUUAUGUGCAAGUUACCUACUUGGGGAAAGAGGGAGGGUUACUGUUAAACUAUGUCAAUCUGGAACAAUUCAAUCAAUUCAACCCCCGUUAUUGAACAAAUAUAUGUUAAAGUAGACCUGAACUUUCCCCAGUGGACCGAUAACAUGUAGUAGAGUAAUCUUUACCACAAAAUAAGGAGGAUAAAGCUCUCGCAGACCAUUCCACUCACAGCCAUCUGCUACUGUUUCUACCUAACCCAUGUUUGAACAAGGUAAACAUUUAGGUCAUAAUGACACAUUGUGACAAAGCUGUUUUUCUUUUUUUGGUCCCUUUUUUCAUUGGGGGGGGAGGGGGGCACCGCAGGUUAGACUAAAAUCAUGUCAGAGCUGUGUAAGUGCACUUAGACAUUUUCAGAAUGUUUGUUUUUUGGCCACAGGUCGCCAUGAUUGUUUGAAGCGUUUUAUUUCCAUGUCUUCCUGUGUUGACGAUUCUAAAUAAAACAGUAUUUAUAUAUCAGCGCGGUUGGAACUAUGUGCACGUUUUGGAGGAUGUACACGUGUAGACCAGUCACUGAUGAGGAUCUCAGAUACAGACCUGGAGCUCUUCUUGUGCCAAGCUGACCCCAGUACUAUACUCAGUCCAUUGGACCUGUGUCUCUUGCUAUGGUUCCACCUUUCCAUUUAAUACAGCAUCAGCAUCUUCAGUGUGAGAGACCCUUCCUCUGCUGAUCUGAGGUCUCACUGAUGUAUGCUUAUUAGUCUAGUUGCCAGCUCAUAGUCCUAUUGUGAACCUUGAAAUGUUAUGAUAGAAAUGUAUAGUAUGGGUCCCCAGCACAUAGUAACUGCCAGAUGCUAACUUGCAUAUGUUGGGCAAUUUACACAAUUAGCAUACAUUGCGCUAAUUAGCAUUAUAGCCAAUGUGGACAAAAGUUAAAAGGUAUGCUAAUUUAGCGAAUUGCCCGAAUGUGCUGGGGACCACUGCUAUACAUUUCUAACAUAAAACUUUGGGGUACUCAACAUUUCCGGGUUCACUAUGCUGCCAACUAGACUAUAUAGGAGAUGGGGAAACAUUAUUUAAUAGAAACGAUUACAUUUUUGUUUGCUUUUCCUAAUUAGCAUAAAGUCAAGUUGGGCUGGAAGCAGGCAGAACAUUCCCUCUGUAGAAAAAUGAGUCCACCAUAUUUCAGUUUCACAUAUGUAGCAAGGCCAGGCUAACGGCCAUUCUGAUCUCGCUCUGUUCUGAGUUAGCUGAACAUGUCCUGGAUUGUCUUGUUGGCUCUGAUGAUUUCUGUUUGGAUAUGUUGCAUUCAAUGACUACAGGUGUCUAACAAAAUGUGUUUGAUAGCACUUUUACUGUGAAAGCAUCCUCCAAUAGAACAGGCAGAUGUUUUUAUUUCACUUGUUCAGUUGAGUAGGCUUAACCCUUUAAACACCUGUCUACAGACUGUGUACACUGUGCAUUAGGGCAAGCAGCGCAAUGCAUCAGACACCCAAACAUUAUUUACAUGCUUAUUUAAAUCAAAUGGAACUUGUUGCAUUAUGCACAUCCAAUAACAAUGGUGAGUGUAAUACAGUCUGCUUUCAUCUAAAGGACAAACCUGUGUUUUUAUGCAUUUAUUUAAUGACAUCUGAAUUGUUUUCUACCAUUCUUUGCGUCCAGCGCAUCAACCACUUUGUGAACGUCCACUUAUGUCCAAGUCAGAUUAUCAUUUGGAGCUAGUGUCACUACCAGACAUUUUAAUGAUGAACACACCUACAUGUUGUUCAUUGUGAUGGAUUACACCACAUUUCAAGAGUCUGCUUAUAUAUUUUCUUACCAGCUGGAAAUGAAUGCCAACGGUGACCUUGAACAAUGUAUAGAAUACUCCCAAAAAAACUAUAGCAGACAUUUGGACAUCAGAAAUGUAAUGUGUAUACAAAGACAUUUAACAUGUGUUACUUCUAAAUGCUCCAUGACCCCUCAUCCUCAGAAUGGUUAUUAAAUGGACCAGUCGAUGCAUAGAAGCUUUCAAACACACCCAUUAGUCAGUGAAUGCAGCUGGCUCAGGUGUAAUCACUUGACCCACAUAUCAUUAGUGGUUGUAGUAGAGAAGUCCCUCUCUUUAAAGACGCCUUUAAUGUGAGUCCUCCUAGAUCUUUCUCUAGCUGUUUGCUUUAAUGUCCAGUACCAAUCGAGAGUCACCAGAAACAGACAACAUCCACUGUCUGUGAAAACCAGAGAGAUCAACGAGGACAUUCACAUGUUCAGAGCAGAUGCGUCAUGUGUGUAGGUUGUUAGAGGUUCUGAUUUGUGUUUCAGCUGCGGCAGAGCGCCCGGGCCCUUCUCUGUUCCAUUGUUCUUACUUUGUCAUGCUUUCAGCCGGACCUGGGCCAAAUAAAAACUUAGUGUCGAUGUUUUUAACCCCCUUUGGACCGUUUUGUGGAGUGCCUGGUGAUGUGGACACACAUUGGACUGUACUGCAUGUUCGCAGCAGCCUCAACCCUCUUGUGUCGCUUAAAACCAAGAAGGAGGAUUUCCUUCAGCUGAUAUUGAGCCCAGGUCUGGUGUCAGCUGUCCAACAUCACUCUGUUGCUCACGUGGACGUGUGAAAGGUCAACCUGAGUUUGGAAAGGGAAGCUGUUUUCUUCAAUAUAAUUACACUCAAAAGAUACAAACUGAUGAAAGGCUACAUGUAUUCAGUGUUGUGAAAACAUGCUAAAUAAAUAAAUGACAGCUUUUUUCCAACUUGUA